CUUAGCGGCGCUAUAUAAGGCGGCGCGGUGGGCGUGGCCGCCUCUUGCAGCGCCCGGAGCCGCCAUGGACACCAGCCGCGUGCAGCCCAUCAAGCUCGCCAGGGUGACCAAGGUGCUGGGCCGGACUGGCUCCCAGGGGCAGUGCACGCAGGUGCGUGUGGAGUUCAUGGACGACACUAGCCGCUCCAUCAUCCGCAAUGUGAAGGGGCCGGUGCGGGAAGGCGACGUUCUCACCCUGCUGGAGUCGGAGCGGGAGGCGCGGCGGCUGCGCUGAGCGGUGAUGAAGCUUUACAGCGUUUACUUGGAGCGGCUGGUUGGCCUCUGCGCGGGGUCAUGGAUGGAGAGGAGCGUGGUGCUUGUGUUACUGCAAUAAAGGCUUUUCCCCAUA